AUGCAUCGGCGGCCGGAGUUCAGCUUCCCGGGCUCGCCGUCGCCGGCGCGCGGGGGGCUGCCGCCGCGGCCUCCUGCAAACCACCCGAUGGCGGCGCCGCGGUACGGGGACGACGAGGAGGCGCGGUGGCUGCAGGCGUCUCUGCAGGCCUCGCCGGACCCGGACUACUACAGCUCCGGCGGCUCGGGGUCGGGCACGCCGUCGCCGCAGCUGUGGGCGAGCCGCCCCGAGCACCACCACCACCAGCUCCACCGGCAGUACCCGGCGUCGGCGGGCAGCUCGCCGUCGCGGGCGCAGGCCAUCGCGGGGUACCGCCGCGAGAUGCUCGACCUCGUCCGGGGACUCCCCGAGUCCGCCUACGAGCUCUCGCUCCGCGACAUCGUCGAGCACCACCACCCGUCCCCGCCCCGCGAUCCUCCCUCUCCUCCUCAUCCACCGCCGGCUAGCACCGCCGGGGGGCGCCCCACGAGCCGCGCUGUCCCCGCGGGUGCGCAGGAGAAGAAGGACGAGCCCGCCGUCGCGGCCACGGCGGACGCCGAGGACGGCGGCGGCGGCUGCUCCAGGGGCAAGAAGAAGCAGGGGAGGACGCAGAGGACGGUGAUGCGGAAGCAGCGGAGCCGGAGCAUGGAGCGCAGCGUCAGCCUCGACACCGGCCUGCUCAUCAAGCUCUUCCUCCCGCUCUCCAUCGGCGGCAAGAAGAAGAAGGUCUCGCCCAAGCCCGACGCCGCCAAGGACGGCAAGAAGAAGAAGAGGGAGAAGAAGCAGGGGAAGAAGAAGGAGGAGGCGGUGGCGGUGGCGACCGCGGCGGCAGCGCAGCAGGAGGAGGAGUGGUGGACAAAGAGCGAGUUCAGCGAGGCCGGGAGCAGCAGCCGGACCAGCAGCAGCAACAGCAACAGCAGCGCCGCCAGCGUCAGGAAUGUCGUCAAUGGCGGUGCCAAUCCCAGAGCGCCGGCCAGGAGCUGGAGCAGGUAA